UUUUGACUGUCAGUGUACAUUUUCUGACCUGGAGCAAGAAAAGAACUAAUGAUGAAGUGGCUCUUGGUGUUCUUUUCUGUGUGCUUAGUUCUGGUUCUGAGCAACGCAGCACCAGCCAACCAUGAUGUUAUCGAAAAGGCUGAAGAUUCCCAUUACAAUGCCAAGUAUGACCGGUGUGAGGGCAUCGAGUUUGAUGCCAUAGCCCCUGACGAGAGAGGAAACGCACUGUUCUUUAAAGGUGACCAUUUAUGGAAGGGAUUUUCAGGCCCUGGUGAGUUAGCAAACGGUACCUUCAAGGAAUUAGACGAAUAUCAUCAUAUUGGUCAUGUGGACGCAGCCUUCCGUAUGCACAAUCAAGAUGUGGAAGACAGCAAACACCAUGACCAUGUCUUCUUCUUUCUGGAUGACCAAGUCUUUAGUUACUACAACCACACACUGGAGAAAGGCUUUCCUCAGGAGAUCCAGCAGGUGUUCCCAGGUGUUCCCAGCCACCUCGAUGCAGCAGUGGAAUGUCCAAAAGGAGAGUGCACCACUGACUCUGUUCUGUUCUUCAAAGGACAUGAAGUGUACACCUUUGAUAUCAAGACCAAGACAGUAAAGAAGAAGGAGUGGGAUCACUUGCCUGUCUGCACAUCUGCAUUCCGCUGGCUUGAGCACUACUACUGUUUCCAUGGUCAAAACUUCACCAGAUUUCAUCCCUUGUCUGGAGAAGUGGAAGCGAAUUAUCCUAAGGAAACCAGACGUUACUUCAUGAUAUGCUCAAAUAUUGGUCACGGAGCUGGCCACAGAAGGCCUCGUUGUAAAGUUGAUGCCAUCACCACAGACAGCUCUGGCAAAUCAUAUGCAUUUCUAGGGCCAAUGUACAUUAGAUUGGACACAAUCCGUGAUGGCGUUCAUCCCUUCCUGAUUGUAAGAUUAUGGAAGGAAGUCUCAGGACCUGUAGAUGCAGUGUUUUCUUAUGAUGACAAAAUUUACAUCAUCCAGGGUGAUCAAAUCUAUAUCUACAAAUCAACAGCCCAUUAUACACUCAUAGAGGGAUAUCCCAAACCGCUGAAGGAGGAAUUGGGCAUUGAUGGAUCCGUGGAUGCUGCAUUUGUAUGUAACGAACAUGUUGUUCAUGUUAUACAAGGUCAGAAAAUGAUUGAUAUUGAUCUGGAAGCAACUCCAAGAGCUGUGAAGACUGAAGUGCCACUGCCCUUCCCUAAAAUUGAUGCUGCUACAUGUCACACUGAUGGUGUGAAAGUCUUUGUUGGUGGGAAUUACUACAUCUACCAGAGCCCUAAACUGCUGGCUACAAGCAAGAUAAACCCAGUACCCCAUAAGGUCUCAUCUGACCUGUUCGGUUGUGAAGAAUAGGAGCUUCACAUGAAAUGCAUGAAAUGCUGUUCUGUCAAAUUUACUGUCCACCACAAAUGUGAAUAAACAGGUUAUUUUUA